AUGGGGGCGUCCGAGGAAGAGGUGGCGACCCUUGUGCGGCAGAGCGAGAGGAUCUUGGAUGCUGUUUUGACCGAGCAGCUGCAGAAGGUGCAGCAAAAGCAGAACGACAUCCUCAAGGAGAUGCUUGAGGUAGAAAACCUAAGGGAUCAUAUUCCUUUGGUGCGUCUACAGGCGCAACACGUCACCAAGGAACGGCGACGGUUAGACGCGGCUUUGCAGGAUAUGCGCAUCCGCCCUCCUGCUCCACAGCCGCUGCAGCAGCAGAACGACCAGCCGCAGCAGCGGCGUCCUAUAGAGCCUUUCCCGCUGCUAUGUCUCACUGAUAUCGGCUCGCACUGUUACCUCCCCGCCGUGGCGAGGGAUGCUAGCCACUUGCUGGUGUCUGUUGGCUUCAAUUUUUUUCUAGAGAUGCACUUGGAUGAAGCUGAGGCCUUUCUUAAGAAAAAGCAGGACCUUCUCCGCAAGAAGCACGAAUUGUGGGCUUGGAAGAGCGCUCAGCUCAAAACACAGAUUCGCAUGCUAAUGGAGGCCAUCUCCGCGGUUUCCGAGCAUCCGAUGCUGCAGGAGCUUUUGUAG